AUGCGUGAGAUCAUCACUCUACAGUUGGGCAAUCUCGCUAACUAUACAGCCACCCACUUCUGGAACGCACAAGAGUCAUAUUUCACAUACGCCGGACAGGAAGAGUCCCUGGUGGAUCACAACGUUCACUGGCGGGCUGGUGUAGGAGCUGACGGCACCGAAACCUUCCUUCCGCGAACUGUACUAUACGACCUGAAAGGUGGUUUUGGAUCUCUGCGGAAAAUCAACCCGUUGUACGACGCAGCAUCAGACACGACUGUGGCUGCUGAUUCACUAUGGACGGGUCCGUCGACUGUUCACCAGCAGAAGCUGGUCAAGCCGAGUGCAUAUCAAGAAAGUCUGGAUUCUGGAACGAAACCUCCUCCACUAACGACGUCAACUGUAAGGUACUGGUCAGACUUCUCUAGAGCGUACUUUCACCCAAAGUCGCUCGUGCAACUCUAUGAUUUUGAGCUAGAUUCCGCAAUACGUCCGUUCGAAAAAUUCGACAUGGGGACAGAAUUAUUCACGUCACUGGAUAAAGAACAAGAUAUCCUCGAUAGAGACUGGCGGCCAUUUGUUGAGGAAUGCGAUCUUAUGCAAGGCAUGCAAGUCUUCACUACCAUAGACGAUGCAUGGGGGGGAUUUGCAUCAUCAUACCUAGAGGCACUGCGGGAUGAGCACCCCAAAUCUUGUAUCUGGGUCUGGGGAAUUCAAAGCCCGUUGGCGGACAUCUCUAGAGAGAAGCGUCUGCUACGCCUAUCAAACACGGCCCAAAGCCUCCAACAAGCGUAUACACAAGCUUCAACGCUUGUGCCUCUGGCUCUGCCCGAAAGCAAACUACGGCCACACAUAGAGUUGGAUUGCAAUUCUUCGUGGCACGUUUCGUCACUGCUUGCUACCGUUUCCGAGAGUGCCUUGCUUCCGUCCCGUUUGAAGGGGUGCAAUGGCGCUUCACUGGCUGACUGCGCCGAGAGUCUCAACACAAGCGGCACCCGGACCAUUGCCAGUGCAGGAAUGUUCAUUCCGACAGACACCAGUGACGGUAUGGGUGUAGGAGACAGCUUAAGCUUUUUCCAAAUUGGCCAGGACAGCGGCAAAGUUAAGAAUCGACCAGAACAUAUCUUCGGACAAAUUAUGUGCCAUCGUGGGCCAAACACAGAGCAAACGAAGCCAGAGGAGACGGUGGACACGAGACGACGUCAAAUCCUUGGCAAUUCUUUGACAAGCAAUAUCUCUGUCCACACUGUUAUCAAGACGACUACGUCAAUUUCGACUCGAAUGAAAGACCUGAGGUCCCACGGAACUCGACUGAUCCGAUUAGACGAGCGUGAGGCACUGAGUAAUAGCCUUGCUGAAAUCGCUGAUGCCUACCAAGAUGACUGGUCCAGUGGCAGUGAUGAGGACGAUGACGAGUUGUGA